CGCAGUGACGCGUCUGCGGCGGGCGAGGAUGUAGGUGCAUGCGCAGUAGUACACCGGCGGCCGUUGAGGUAGUGGUGGCCUAAAUCGAAGUAGACGAGCAGGGACGUCGAAAGGAGGAUAAUUGGACAGGGAGGAGUGGAGUCGAGAGUGUGAAGACUGAGCCUUAGUCUAAGCUGCUUAGGCCUCGCACUCCUCACACAGGUCGAAGAUUGACAGAAAGUUUGGAAGAUGAGUCUGGGAAAGGACCACGUGCGGCUGAAAAGCUACAAGAAUAAGUCGCUGAACACGGAUGAGAUGAGGAGACGACGGGAAGAGGAGGGAGUUCAGCUGCGUAAACAGAAGAAGGACGAACAGCUACUCAAGCGGAGGAAUGUUGGGGUGUCAGAGGAGGGAGUUCCAGAUGAAGAUGAGAUGUCAGACAGUGGAUAUCUGGAAUGCCAUGCCAAUAAUAUGGACCUAAUAACGACUGGUGUGAUCUCAGAGGAGAUGAUCCAGAUGAUCUUCUCCAGUGCACCUGAGCAGCAGCUGAUGGGGACCCAGCGCUUCCGUAAGCUCCUGUCUAAAGAGCCCAACCCUCCUAUUGAUGAGGUCAUUGCCACUCCAGGUGUGGUGGAGCGCUUUGUGGAGUUCCUCAAGAGGCAGGAGAACUGCACUCUUCAGUUUGAGGCAGCAUGGGUCUUGACCAACAUUGCCUCUGGGACAUCCCACCAGACCCGUGUGGUCAUCCAUGCUGGUGCUGUUCCCAUCUUCAUUGAGAUGCUCAGCUCUGAUUUUGAGGAUGUCCAAGAGCAGGCGGUCUGGGCCCUUGGAAACAUUGCGGGUGACAGCACAGAGUGUCGAGACUUUGUAGUGGACUGCAACAUCCUCCCCUCCCUCUUGCAGUUGCUGGCCAAACAGAACCGUUUGACAAUGAUGAGAAAUGCCGUGUGGGCUCUGUCUAACCUGUGCAGAGGGAAGAACCCACCUCCAGACUUUGCCAAGGUGUCCCCGUGUCUCAGCGUACUCUCUUGGCUGCUAUUUGUCAAUGACACGGACAUCUUGGCUGAUGCCUGCUGGGCUCUGUCCUACCUGUCAGAUGGUCCCAAUGACAAGAUUCAGGCUGUAAUUGACUCAGGAGUGUGUCGGAGGCUGGUGGAGCUGCUCAUGCACACUGACUACAAAGUUGUCUCGCCUGCCCUGCGAGCUGUUGGAAACAUUGUCACUGGAGAUGACCUGCAGACUCAGGUGAUCCUGAAUUGCUCUGCCCUCCAAAGUCUCUUGCAUUUGCUGAACAGCCCCAAGGAGUCCAUCAAAAAGGAAGCCUGCUGGACCAUCUCCAACAUCACAGCAGGCAACCGUGCUCAGAUACAGAUGGUCAUCGACGCAAACCUGCUGCCCAGUCUUAUUCACAUCCUGCAGGUGGCAGAGUUCCGCACCAGGAAGGAGGCUGCCUGGGCCGUCACCAAUGCCACCUCCGGUGGAUCUGCUGAACAGAUCAGGUACUUGGUGGAUCUGGGUUGCAUUAAACCCCUGUGUGACCUCCUGACAGUUAUGGAUGCCAAGAUUGUGCAGGUGGCUCUAAAUGGGCUGGAGAACAUACUACGUCAAGGCGAGCAAGAUGCUAAGCGGACUGGGGGCAUGAACCCAUACUGUGCCCAUAUCGAGGAGGCUUACGGUCUGGACAAAAUGGAGUUCCUGCAGGGCCACGAGAACCAGGAGAUCUAUCAGAAGGCAUUUGACCUGAUUGAACGCUACUUCAGCCCGGAUGAUGAAGACCCUGUUCUAGCUCCGCCUGUUGACCUGCAACAGCAGCAGUUCUUGUUUUCACAGUGCGAGGCUCCCAUGGAGGGCUUCCAGCUAUGAUAUAGGCCCCCCGUCUGUCAGAUUGGCAUCCCCCAGCAUGGCCCCACUGCUGUGCAGGGCAGGGAAGGACCCCAGGCACUCCCGGAGAGAGAUUUAAUAAUUAUCGUAAUUAUUAAAAACUGCUAAUUAUAGGAACAUGUUCAUCGACUCAUUGCACGCAGUCUCUACCGAUAUGAAAGCUUUUUAUUCAUCUUCAUUUUGAGCUGCAUCAUCACAAAGUCCCCCUAUACCGUCAGCUGGCACGUGCACGACACUAUCCCUGUUCACGUGUCCUUCCAGACAGUGGGACCACAAACCUGAUAUUUCUAAUGGAACCGCCAGACAAUGCUCAUACUCGCUCCCAAGCAGACUGCCUUGCAGUGACAUCCUGUUUGUCAACAGAUGUAAUCGCUGACCUGACUCUGAUGCCCAAGGAUGUAUUUCCUGUCUGGUUGUUGGACAUAGACUUCGAAUGAAGGCAAACGCACAGAUGUCUCUAUACAUUUCCAUAUACAGACUCCUCUUUUCUUUAAGCCUUUUUUUUCCCCUUUAGUAUUUUAAACUCCACUGGUGACCUAUUGGCUGCAAUGAAGGAGGCUUCGGUUCUGAAUUUGUGAUGGAACAAGAGCUGUGGGCGGGACUUGCAGGACCUUCUGGCACAUUAUCACUUGAAGAUUGCUCUGCAUUAUUCCAUUUACAGGACUCCUUAAAUAGACAUCUGCUUGCCUGACCCUCACAAGGGAAUACUGGGAACUCAUCUGCCUCGGCUCCACUAAGACUGACAAGACAAGCAUGUAGCCAGGUACAGGAGAGGCAGACGCACUUGGAAGUUCCAGAAACUUGUUCAUUCCAUUAUGGCAGCAUUUUUAGGAGUUGAGAGACUGAUCCAGUCAGGGAGUUGAAUGAUUCAAGCCUUUGAACUACAAGCACAACCCUCCUGGUUCCUCAUCCUAACCUGUCAACAGUGGCUGCUCAUUGCUCUGCUUUCCUAUCCCUUCGGUUUGCCUCCCCAAAGCUCCACUACAGAAGGGAUGCCAAAUGCUAUCAUCCCACCCUUUGAAAGAAGAGGGGCUGAGCCUUUGCUGGAGAAUUGAUUGCUGCCUCAAGGGGUCUGCAUUAAGGAGUUCAGGUUACACCUGCAACAGUUGGACACUGCACCAGAUGUUAGGACACUUGAGGUAGUUGCAGACAUGGUAAGAGGAGCCUGUUGAUGCUCCACCCCUGUGAAGAUGGAGCAGCUGUGUUGGCUAUGGGCACUCAAGCCUAACCGUGACCCAGAGCAUCCAGCCCGUGACUGGAGGGGCAGCACCUCUCCUGCACUGAGACUGGGGGCACAUGCCUGCAUGCUCCUUUCAGAGGGGAACAGGCUCAGGAAACGAGGGUUUUGGUUAAUUUGUUUUAUUUGCAUUUCUGGGUUGGAUCUGUGAAUACCUAAGGUGCCAUAUUCUCAUUCAGAAAUCAAGGUGGGAAAAUUAAAAUUAAACUUGAAAAAUAAGUAACUUUCUUAGCUAAUCUUAAAAUACAAAAUUGUUUACCAGCUUAGUUUUUUUUUUUUUUUUACAUCACUUUUCUUCCAGAAUGAAAGACUAUGUUCAAUACUCUUCUAUUGAGACUGUGUUAAUGUAAUUUGUUAUUCCAUUUGCAUAAAUGCUGUUUCAUGAAGCUAGACUUGAUUUGGUCAUUAUCUCUAACCUCAUCACAGCACACAGCCCCACACCCCUUCCUUAAACUUCUUUGCAUUACAAGUUCUAGCAGGUAAGGAAUGUACUUUGAGUUCCACAUGAAUGGUGGUGCGGACAAGCCCAAGGUAGUAGUGAAGGUCUGAUUUUGCAACACUAAACUACACAAGUCAUGAUAAUGUAGAAGAAAUGUACUGUCAGAUCCUAGUGUGUAAUCUCAGGCUGGCUGCAGUAGUGCGCUGUACUCUAAGCACAUAAGUCAGACUACUCACUAACACCCAUUUUUGAAAAAACAGGGACAGCUGGUGAUCAGGUCUGUGCAAAGAUAUAGUUUCAUGGGUUAAAUGGAAGCUGUUCUUCAGCAACAGGGACCUUUUCUAUGCAUCAGACAAUCAUCCAUUGGAAGUUGCAACAUGUCAAUAAUGGAUUUAAAGUUGUAGAAAGAUGCUAUAUUUUUGUAUUAAAUUGGUUCAGCUUUUAUUCACAUGGAGGUGGAUGGAACCAUACUUUAUACACAGCUCUGCUGGCUACUUCUCAGUUGUCGGACAAGAUGCACUUAGCAUGUAGUCUGUGUGGAUGGCGUGUGUUUGCCAAAAAGGGCCUCAUCUCAGUCUCCCGUUUUACUGUAGAACAGUUAGAUGUGUAGGAAAGGUCUUUCAUCUGAGAUGUUUCCCCAAAAGAAAUAUGCUCCUUGAACAGCUAUAUUCUGU